GAAAUCCGUGGUGCCUGCGUCCACGGCUUCGGUGGCGAAAGCAGCGAUGGGCUAGGGCCUAAGAUAUUAUGCCAUGGCUGGCGUCGUGCCACCGCGCUGCGAGGCAAGUUCCGGGCGACAUAAAUGGGGUGGAUGGAGUACUGGCCAAGUGUCUGCAAAUUUCCACAAAGCCGCUGUCGUUCGUGAAUCUGUUUUGAUGCGGAAUAUUUUGGAGGUUCUUGGCGAUGCGUCGACUAGUUUCCGCAGGAUACUAGAGGGUGGAAUUGGGUUUGUGGUUACGCAGUGCACAUUUCGGUAGCAGACUUGGAUGGAAGGAAGAACCAGAACACGAGCUGAUUAUUAGUCGAGCGUAGAGCGCAGGGUUGGUCGUCGGAGUGCAUUGAUCGAUUCGUCGUUGUAGCGGGGUCUCCACCUUUGGGUUUGGUUUUUCUGUGACCUAAAUGUAAGUAGAAUAUGCCUUGGGGCUUAAAUUGAGUUAGACGAGAUUGGCAGGGGUCGCACAUCGCAAGUCAAUGGCAGGCCGAGGUGGGAAGCAAGCUCUCCAACAUUUGCAUCGUCUGCGAGUGUCAUCGAGCGUUGGAGAUGGCGCCGUUAGGGCGUCGCAUGCGCGUUACUCUGUUUCCACAGCUACUGGGGUGCCCCUUGCUGAGACAACGGAGGCAGAGACCGUAGAAUCGACGUCUGCGGGACGGAAAAAGCUUCUUGUUCUCGGAGGGAGUGGCUAUGUUGGCACUCAUGUGUGCAAGGAAGCCCUGUCGAAAGGCAUCUCCGUGGCAAGCUUGAGUAGGUCGGGAAGGCCUGGGGUUGCAGAGCCUUGGUCCCAGGAUGUGGAAUGGAUUAAAGGGGAUCUGUUCCAUCCUUCGAAUUGGCGAAAUGAGUUGAGCGAUGUGUCAGCUGUCAUAUCCUGUGUUGGCGGAUUCGGGUCCAAUCAACAAAUGCAGAAGAUUAAUGGCGUAGCUAAUGUUCAAGCCAUUCGAGCGGCAGCAGAUGCGGGUGUGGAGAGAUUUGUUUUCGUUUCAGCGCAUGAUUUUGGUCUGCCGUCUUUUGUAAUGCGAGGUUACUAUGCAGGAAAGCGAACUGCUGAAGACGAACUUCUUCAGAAAUUUCCCUACAGUGGUGUUAUCUUGCGUCCCGGAUUCAUUCAUGGCAUCCGUCAAGUGGGAACAUACAAACUGCCACUGAAUAUUAUUGGAUCCCCACUUGAAUUGGUUUUUAAAAACCUGAAAGCAGCCUCUCAGGUCCCUGUGGUCGGUAAGCUUCUCGUGCCUCCCGUGAAGGUGGUCACUGUCGCCAAAGUUGCUGUCAAAUCUGCCAUGGAUAAUUCUGUUCCUCCCGGAGUGAUGGAUGUUUGGGGCAUUAUGCGGCUGGGCGGGGAUUUAUAGCCGUGAAUCAGAUGAUUGGCCCCUCUUUGGGCUUCAUGCUUUCCAAGUUUUGCAGCUUUUCCAUCUUGAAAGGGAUUAUUGCAGCAUAGAAGUUUCACAAUAAUGUUUGCGAGGGAGAGGUGGGGCUGCCUCAGAGCCAUAGAAAUACUCUUGAUUGAGGGUUUAGGGUUUAAGCUUUAGGUACUGACAAUGCACUGCAUACGAUCACCACGGUUGAGCGUUGCCUCAAAUUGUGACUCCGCAGCAGACGAUCAACAGUGAGGUAUUAUGGCUUAACCUGGCCCAGUGGUUUUUCCUGGCAUAUGAUUGUGUGUUUUUCAAUGAAUGUGGAACGUUAUUGCUCCUUCGGAAAUAAAAUCUUCCAUAUCUUGCGAUUGGAAUCUGUUUCA